AUGCCUUCGUUUAUCAACACACUUUUGGCUGCUUCAGCCGUGCUGCCGGCAGCAUUGGCUAAGCCUACCAUCAUUAGGACACAGAGCGCCGAGACCAUAUCUGGUAAAUAUAUCGCCAGAGUCGAGGACAACGAGUUUCUUGAGGCGGUCUUGUCGACUGUUCUGGAUGUUGCUGGAGUCGAAUCAACCUACAACUACACGAUUGGUGGUGUGAAGGGCUUCACGUUCGAUGGUGACGAUGGCGUCCUCGACAUCCUCGAGACCCUGGGCGCCAUCAAGCACGUCGAGCCGGACAGCAAGGUCUACGCCACCGUGCCUUAUGGUUACCUGAACAAGAAGAUUGCUCCUCUAGCCAACACGACACAGCAAGUUCAGAACUCCUCUACUUGGGGUCUUGGCCGCAUCUCCCACCGUGAGAGCGGCUCCAACAGCUACAGCUACGACGACUCUGCCGGCGAGGGCUCCUUCAUCUAUGUGAUCGAUACUGGCGUCUACACCGAGCACAACGAGUUCGAGGGCCGUGCCAGCAUGGGUGCCAAUUUCAUCGAUGGUGAGGAGGACUCCGAUGGACAAGGCCACGGCACUCACUGCUCUGGCACUGCCGCUGGCAAGACUUACGGUGUUGCCAAAAAAGCCUCCAUAAUCGGCGUCAAAGUCCUCGGCAGCGACGGCUCAGGCACCAACUCGGGCGUCCUCCGCGGCGUCGAAUGGGCCGUCAACAACGCCAAAGAAUCCGGCCACAUCGACCGCACAGUCCUCUCCAUGUCCCUCGGCGGCACCUUCUCCCAAACCACCAACGACGCCAUCGAGCAAGCCGUCGCCGAAGGCGCUUUCAUCUCCGUCGCAGCCGGCAACGACGGCGAAGACGCCUCGAACUCCUCCCCCGCCUCCGCCCCCGGUGCUUGCACGGUUGGUGCGACUAAUGAGGCUGAUUCGAGAUCUGAUUUCUCGAAUUUUGGAAAGAUUCUGGAUAUCUUUGCCCCCGGGGAGGAGAUUCUGAGUUCGUGGAUUGGAGGCAAGACGGCGACGAGGACGAUUAGUGGGACGAGUAUGGCUUGUCCGCAUAUUGCUGGCCUUGCAGCUUACUUGAUCGGUCUGGAGGGACCACGCUCGCCGGCUGAGCUCUGCUCCAGGAUUCAGGAGUUGGCGACUACUGAUGUUAUUCAGGGUGUGGGUGAUGGAAGCCCAAACUUGCUCGCUUAUAAUGGUAUUGCCGCCUAG